UGACAGUGACAGUACCUACCUAUAGUAGUAAGUAAAACACGAAGUAAAAGAGUAAAUAGCAUUCUAAUAAGAAUAGUGCGGAACUCCAACUCAAAAAUACCUGCAAGUCCUGAAAAAACUUAUGAGGUUAAUCAAGAUCAAAAAGUUGUUGUAGAUAAACAAACUAUAUCUUUGCUAGAGAGGCUUUCUUUAGUAAAGUGUGAUACAGUUGAAGGUGUUAAAGUUUUGGAAGACUCAAUAGCUUUUGCCAAUAAAAUCCUUCAUAUCAAUACUGAUCAUGUCCAACCUCUAUAUUCUGUACUAGAAAAAGAGAUUUUGUACCUCCGACCAGAUCUAGUUACUCAAGGAAAUUGUCAAAAAGACAUUCUCAAGAAUGCAUCGCUAAAAGAAGAUGACUAUUUUGUGGCUCCCCCAGGAAACAUACCCUGGCACGAAUUGGAAAAAGAAGAGAUAGAACCUAAAGUUUCUGGCAAAAAUGAAAACUGAGUUAGAAAAAGUUUUGAAUUUAAGAAAAUUCUUUACAAUAAAUAAAUCAUCUAACACAACCAUUACAUAUAAUUUAAGCAAAAGUAGUUUGCUUUUUCUUCAAAACAUUUACAUAAGUUGGCUGCAAUCUGUGUGUACUAAAACUAGUAAACAUAUACCAGUUUUUAUCACUAAGAAAUAUGCUGAAGGUCACAAUCAAGACCAGCCAUUUGGGUUUCUUGAAAAUCAUGUUAUUAAAUAUGAUGAGUCCGCAGUGUUACACCAUGAUAUUGAAGAUUGUGCACCAAAGAACACAUCACUACUUCAAUUAAAUAUGAUUGUGCCUCAUCACACAAGCAUGCAGUAUUUUAUUCAAUGGCAAAGACAUAGAAAAUAUUGGUGGAGUUCUGUCACAACUACACCCAGUUUAUUUGCUGUUAAUGAAAUUAAAUACGAAAAAGAAACAGCAGAAUCUAAUAUUGUAGCACAAUUUCCUUGGGGACAUCAUACAGUGGAGACUGUAUCAAUGACUUCUAGGGGAACAGAGGACUCUUCCCAUUUGAAAUGUUCUAUGUCAUUAGAAAGAGCCAUGUUUAUAUUAUUGUUAGAUGGCAUGAUGAACAAGAGAUAUAGUGAAUACCUCAAAUUGCACAGAAACAUGACUCCAUACAAAAUAUCAUUUGCACUGAACACUAAAAAAAAAACUGACUUAACAAACAUGAAUGGACUGGUUAAUCUAAUGCGCCAAAGACUAAAAUUAAAAGAUAUAUCAUCUUAUCUUCCUGAUUUAACACUUGCAUUGGAAGAACAGAUAAAAGAAAACCUGCAGUUAGGUGUGACCUACACUGCCAUACUAUGUGAUAAUACUUUAACAAAUGGAAUAUUUAAUUUGUUAAAUAGCAGUACGAUGUUAACGGAAGAAGUACAUGUUGCCGAUUUUGACUCCUAUGCAAUGUUGUUAUGUCGCAAAUGAUAAAGAAUAGUUUUAGUAUGUGGAAAAUAAAGAUUGAUUAAAAACAACACUUGCACUUUCAAUUUUAUUUAUUCAGGAAUUCUUAUUGCAAGAUUUUACAGUAAAUCCUUAAUACUAAAUGUAAAAAAUUAAGGUUUGUUGUUUGAUUUACCUUUAAAUUUUCAAUAAAUUUUAAUUUCAUGCUGUUAAUAUUCAUUAUUAGUAAACAUUAAUUUGUCUUGAUUACAGACUUAUUACGGUUUUACAAAUAAUUUUACUACAGAAAGUUCAUUCUCCAGAUAUAUUUAAAUGGGAAAGGUUAAAUAAACUUAAUAAUGGGAUUAUUAUUAUUAUACAAAUUGGCAGCAGUAACUUAAUUUAACUAC